CAGCCACUGAAGAUAGCUACUCGUUCGACCGUAUCGGUGGUGUUUUAGUAUCAUUUAUACUGUUUUUAACAGUGUCAUUCAUAUAUAUUUAUACUAUAUCACGUGUCGUGAUUGUUUUGUCGCAUUUAUCCUAUUGAGGGAUCAACUCUGCCUUUUAAUAACUCAAACAUCCGUGUUACGCUAGCGAUAGUCGUCCUGUUCUUUUUGCUAUCAUCACAAGCUAACAUCAAUUAUAUCGUUGCAGUCAACGUCUAACAACGUGCCAACUAAACGUGUAUAUAUUUUUUACAUUAUUAGACUGCAAUUACCUCGUAAACAACCUGCCUGUCUAGAGCAAAUAUGGAUCAAAUUGAAGUGGCCAAAGGAGUAAAGAGUCCUUGGGGGGCUGCGAGGCCAGUGCCAGCCCCCUGCUCUCUGGCUGACGUUAUGAGUGAGCAACUGGCCAAGCAACUGGAUGAGGAAAAUACUUUCCCAACUUGUCCAGAGGUGGACGCGGAGCUGCUGGCGUCUCCAGAGGGUGACACAGACAGCGACUUGAUGCUGGCUCAGAUGCUGCAGAUGCAGUUUGACAGGGAGUUUGACUCACAGCUGCGCAGAGAAGAGAAGAAGUUCAAUGGCGACAGCAAAGUGUCCAUAUCAUUUGAAAACUACCGUAUGGUUCACCCCUAUGAGGAAAGUGACAGCUCUGAGGACGAGGUGGACUGGCAGGACACUUGCAAUGAUCCCUAUCGCGCUGACAAGCCAACUACCACUCCACGAAAAGGUUUCACUGGCAAGGGCAAGAACAUCACCACCAAGCACGAUGAGGUGGUUUGCGGAAGGAAGAACACGGCACGCAUGGAACAUUUUGCCCCAGAGGUGCAGGUGGGAGACGGUCUCGGCAUGGACCUGAAGCUGUCCAACCAGGUGUACAACGCCCUGAAGCAGCACUGCUACAGUGAGCAGCGCCGCAGCGCCCGGCUGCAUGAGAAGAAGGAACACUCUACUGCCGAGCAAGCAGUAGAUCCGAAGACCAGGCUGCUUAUGUACAAGAUGGUGAAUGCUGGUAUCCUGGACAACAUCAAUGGCUGCAUCAGCACAGGGAAGGAGUCUGUGGUGUUCCAUGCUGAUGGUGGAAGCAUGGAGGAGAAAGAAGUUCCAAAGGAAUGCGUGCUGAAGGUUUUCAAGACCACACUCAAUGAGUUCAAGAACCGCGAUAAGUACAUCAAGGAUGACUACCGCUUCAAGGACCGCUUCAGCAAACUGAACCCCCGCAAGGUCAUCCGCCUGUGGGCAGAAAAAGAGAUGCACAACUUGGCCAGAAUGAAGAAGGCGGGCAUCCUGUGCCCUGAGGUGGUGAUCCUGAGAAAACACAUCCUGGUGAUGUCCUUCAUCGGCCAGGAGCACGUUCCCGCUCCCAAGCUCAAGGAUGCCAUGCUCAGCAGUGACGACAUGAGGCUGGCCUACUACCAAGUCCUGGAUAUGAUGCAGCAGCUGUAUCGUGAAUGCAAACUCAUCCACGCUGAUCUGAGUGAAUACAACAUGCUCUGGCAUGAUCGAAAGGUGUGGCUGAUAGAUGUGAGCCAGUCUGUGGAGCCCACUCAUCCCCACGGGCUGGAGUUCCUCUUCCGAGACUGCAGGAACGUCUCCACUUUCUUUGAGAAGGCUGGUGUGGCGGAUGUCAUGAACGUCUAUGAGCUCUUCAAUGCCGUGUCUGGACUCGAGAUCAGUGGGGACAAUGAAGCCGACUUCUUGGCUCAGAUCGAAUCCUUGGAGAAGAUGAACGAGGACCACGUGCAGAAGCGCAGUAAGAAAACCUUCCCGACGAGUGACGAAGGGCCUCCCCUGUUACAGAGGGACUACGAGGACAUCUAGCCACAGGUCCCGUCUUUGGUACCCGGGUGGCGAAACAGUGACGCCAUGUUGUUGUCACUUAUGUUGAAAUGAGUCAAUAAGCAGGCCGCUUAUGAGUGAGUGGCCUUCACCCUCUCCUGCAUCGCCAGACGGCUGCGGCUGCUGCCUCUGGACUCGGUUGGGGUGGGGAAAAGUCAUCAUCGUAACAGCAGUCAUACAAACAAUAAUGUAUGCACAUUAAUCCGACCGAUGGUGGAUUGAUGGGUGCACAUAAUUUGUUUGUAAUUCCGCAAUUCCAUUGUUGCUGCUGCAUCACGUGGGUUGGGUGAAACCAAUAAUGAUGGCUUUAUUGUUAUGGUGUGGAUUUAGAAUACAAUGAUAUAACCAAUUAUGUAAUUGUUAGGCAUCAUAGAGUGGCAGUCAAAAUCCAAACUUUCAAUAAGUUGGCUUAGCCGCAGCUAAUACCAUUUCCUGCCCCCUAUUGCUAUUGUUAAUGCACAGUCUUGGUAGAGCAUAGCUGGGAUAGCUUUGGAUUUCAUCAAGGUGACUGAAAUGUCAUACUCACCCAGUCAUGAUUUGUUGUUUUUUCUGUAUCAAUGUGGUGUGUGGGGAAAUAACCAUUGCAACGGCUUUUACUACUGGUGGGCCAAACGCUUGCAUCUGCAUGUGUGCAGUCUGAUGAUCUGUCAACUCUGAGACUAAAGAAAUCAAUAAAUUCCUAAAUGUUUA